UUUCUUCAUCAUCAACAAGAAGAUCACCCCCACAAAGGCAAAAUCCAAUAUUCUAAUCUCUCUUAUUGCGAAGUUUCUGCUAACUUCUUUUCCUCUUUGCCAUGGAGAUCGAUACCGUAACCAACGGAAACUCUGACGCCGUCAUGACGGAAACCACCCCUACGAUCACUCCUUCACCGGUCGUGCCGUCGUCGAGGUUGAGUCAAUUGACGGAAUCCCUCAAGCUCGAACACCAGCUCCUCCGUGUACCUUUCGAGCAUUACAAAAAGACGAUCCGUACCAAUCACCGUUCUUUCGAGAAAGAGGUCUCCACCGUUGUUUCCGGCGUCGGAGAUUUGGCUGAUUCCGAUUGGUCUAAAGACGUCACCGUUUCGCGUCUCUCUAGCCUUGUUUCUCGAUUACAAGGCCUCAAACGAAAGUUGGAAGAAGGGAACAAUGUGGAGAAUUUGCAAGCCCAGAGGUGUCGUGCUCGCAUCGAUCAUUUGGAUUCAGCAGAUGUCGAAAAUAUCACUGAAUGGAACAAUACAAAAUUGAAACGGAUUCUUGUGGACUACAUGCUUAGGAUGUCAUAUUUCGAGACUGCUACAAAGCUUUCUGAGAGCAGCAACAUUUUGGACCUUGUCGAUAUUGACAUAUUUCGAGAAGCUAAGAAGGUGAUUGACGCCCUUAAAAAUAGGGAGGUAGCUUCUGCAUUGUCAUGGUGUGCUGAUAAUAAAACGCGGUUGAAAAAGUCAAAGAGCAAAUUUGAGUUCCAACUAAGGCUGCAAGAAUUCAUCGAGUUGGUACGAGUUGAUAGAGCUGACAGCUACAAACAAGCAAUCCAUUAUGCUCGAAAGCAUCUAGCACCAUGGGGAGCAACCCAUAUGAAGGAAUUGCAGCAUGUUCUGGCUACUUUGGCUUUUAAAAGUACUACGGAAUGCUCAAAAUAUAAGGUUUUGUUUGAACUACGACAGUGGGAUGUUUUGGUUAAUCAGUUUAAACAAGAAUUUUGCAAGUUAUAUGGCAUGACAAUGGAACCCUUAUUGAACAUCUACUUGCAAGCAGGAUUGUCUGCGCUGAAAACUCCGUAAUCAUCAAA